AUGUCAUACCACGAAAGGGUGUACCGAGAUACCCGGUACAGGGACGAUGACGAGGAUGACGAACGGUACAAGAGCACCACCGUGCGCCGGUACAAAGUGGGCGACGGCGGAUCAACCACUCGCGUCGACCGCGUCAAGCGAUAUGAGGAUGACUUCGACGACCGAAGAUCCACAGCUUCCUACCGAGACGACGACUUUCGCGCUUCUCGUUCACACCUCGGCCGCGCGUCCGGCGAGCUGGUCGAGGUUGACAAGCGUGUGACAGAGAGAACAUACACACCCGAGCGGCCUCGAUCUGCCUUCGAGCCCCCCGUGCAGCGUACCGUCAUAGAAAAGAGAAUAGUCAAGGAGCGCGAUGCCGGCUCCGAGUUUCGCCCACGCGACCGUGACCGUGACCGCGAAGAUAGAUACACCGUCGUGGAGAAGGAAAUCGACUACUCACGCGGCGAUACCGACCGGCGCGAACGCGAUGUCUACAUCGAGAGGGAGCGCGAGCCAGAGCGCCGCGACAGGGUCGUUCGUGAAACGCGCGAGACCGUCGAGCGAGAAAGAGACUCUCCGUUGUCGCCCAGAGAUCGAGACCGCGACUGGGAUCGUCGCUCGCGAGCACCUUGGGAUGAUCUCGACGAUGUCCGCGUCGAGAAACGGGUCGAACGCCGGACUGAGGAGCACGGUGAUCAUGUUGAUGAUGUCCGUGUGGAGAAGCGUGUUGAGCGCAGGUCCGACGACCAUGUGGAUGAUGUGAAGAUCGAGAAGCGCAUCGAGAGAUUCCACGAGGAUGAUCACCACCACCACCAUCACGAACCCGAGAUCGAGCGCUACAGGAAGGAGACGGAGUACUACUCUCCUGCUGACCCCCCGCCUCAACCUAUUGUCAUCAGACAAAAAGCACCGGAACCACAACAGAUCAUCGUGCAAGAGGCGCCCGCGCCACCUCCCGUAAUCAUUGACAGGCAAGCCGACCCCGGCUACAUCGUCCUUAGGGAGAAUAAUCAGCAAAUGGCGCGCCGCGAUCCUCGAGAGGAUGAAUAUUACUACCGCAGGGAGGAGCGCCGUGACGACGGCUAUGCCAUGGAACGUUAUGAUGAUCGCCGGCGGCGCGACUAUGAUGAUGACCAAGAAGAUGUCUACGUCAAGAGAACUAUCAUCCGCCGUGAUCGUAGUUCCAGCUCUGACCACCACAAAAAGAGGCAUCUUGCCGAAGGUGCUCUUGCAGGAGCCGGUAUUGCCGCUCUUGCAGGCGGCCGCAGAGGUCGAGAUGGAGAGGUGGAAGGUAAUCGAGGCAAGAAGGUUCUUGCCGGUGCUGCACUUGGUGCCUUAGGUACCGAGGUUAUCAGAAGAGCUCGCAGUGCGUACGAAGAUCGGCACGACAAUCGAUACGACGAUGACUACUAUGAUGAUCGCAGGAGAAGUCGCUCCAAGUCACGUUCUAGAUUGACUACCGGCCUUGCUAUUGGUGCUGCUGCCCUGGCUGUUGCUGGAGGCCUGAAGUACAUGCAAAACAACAAAAUCGAGAAAGAAGAAGCCGCAAGGGGCCGGAGCAGAGGCCGUAGGUACUCAGACGACUAUUCGCGCUCCCGUAGCCGUUCUGGUCGAUCACGGAAUGCAAGCAUGGCCAAGGCGGCUGCCGCUACUGGUGCCAUUGCCGGGCUGGUGCAGCAUUACCGCAGCAAAUCCAGAGGCGGCUCCCGAAGCAAGUCCAGGAUCAGGACCGGCGCUGAAAUUGCAGCGGCCAGUCUAACAGGUGCUGCCGCGAGCAAGCUAUGGCAGAGCCAUAAAAAGAAGCAGGCACGCGAGCACGAUAGGGACAUUGACGAUGAGUACUAUUCCGAUAGAGAUCGUCGGCACAGUGUCUCCCGUAGCCGCAGCCGCAGCAGGUCGAUGGCUCGCAGCCUCAGCACACGAGAUGGUGCUAAUCCAGAACUAGGCCUCGUUGAAUACGGCGCCACUCCUCUUCCACCUACGGCACGUGAGGCGGCGAGGGAGGACCGGCGCCACCGCCACCGUCACCGGUCGCCAUCAGUUGAGUCAAACAGGGAGCCAACACAGAAGAGGAGUAAGAGCCGUCUGCGUGAGGCAGCGGCCGGAGUGCUAGGUGCUGGCGCGGCGGCAAUAGGGAUCAAGAAGUAUAAUGAUGCGAAAAAGGAGAAAGAGAAGGAGAGGUCUCGAGAGCGGUCUCGAGAAAGGAGCCGAGACCGAUCGCGUGACAGAUCUAGAGACACCAGGUCACAUGAAAGAAGAGAAUCGCAGGAUGAAAGGGCCAAACACAGACGGGAUAGGAAAUCAAGGGAACGGGAACGAAGACGCUACGACGAGGAGUCGGCAGCCGGCGGUUAUUAUUCUGAUGGCUACGACCACGAAGCGCCUCCAUCACCACCCAUGGCUUCUGGAGGAGCGUUCUAUCCUGGAAACUACCCACCAGCCACUGGUCCUCCUGGUCCUCCUGGUCCUCCUGGCUUUACUCAUCACACCAAUGAAUCUACCAUGAACGUCAACGCCUACCCGCCACCCCCUGGUAGUCACUACAACCCGCAAGAGUACACUAACCUGCCCCCUCCACCUCCUGGGCCGCCACCAGGAGCUUCGGGCCGUCCUCAUAACCCCUAUCCUCCUACCGGGCCAGAGAAUGUGAGUCGUCAGCCAGAUCCCGGCGACAAUGCAGCUUCCAUUUCUAGAAAUGACCCGGAUUCAAGGGGGGUUAGUGCACAAGAUGGUUUAACAGGAUCCAUGCGUCAGCGUCCUCACUCCCGUGGAUCUCCAGCCUCAUCACGAUCGAGCUCUGUCAGUAGUGCUCCGGAUACUCCUGCACCAUCCGCUGCCAAAUCCGUGGCUUUCAUUCCGUUAUCCCCACAGUCAAGCCGCACUUUGCGAAGUCUCCACGAAUCACAUGUAAAGGGACAGUCUGACGACAAUGCCCGCGAACCAUCUCCAUCGGGCACAGAUGGCCAGGCCGUCCGCCCAAGGCGGCCCAAUUUCACUAGACGGCGGUCCGAUUCUGAUCCAUCUUCGAAUCGUCCGAUGGUCCAGCGGCGCAAACACCGCGGUGAUCUAUCUCCUGUGUCCGAUGAGGAUGUCGAAGUCCUCCCAGACCGGUUUGAUCCCGCCGGCCGUCCUAUCGACCCCAACAGCCCGCAGCGCCUGCACAGCAGACGAGGCGAUUUCGAAUACCGUUCGCGCGACGGGAAUGGAAUGCAAGUCCAAGGAGCUUGGGGCGUCCACGGCACGGAUCCCGAGAUGGUGAACCGGAUGGCGCAGGGUUUUGGCGACUUACUGCAAGGCAGACACGGCUGGAUGGGUAUUCUGGGCAAUGUCCUGACGAGUCUCCCUGGACCAAGCGGGGCAGGGCAUGAAGGACGGGCCGCCAUUGAGGCCGAGAGAGGUUACGACAGCGACGAUGAAGAUAAGCGGCGCAGGAGGCGGCAUCGGCAUAGAAGGGAUGAUGACUACUAA